AUGACCGAGGAGGAACAUGACAACCUCGGCGUGGAUUGGGUGCUGCAGUAUGAAUUUGGCGACAUCGAUCAGACGCAGGCCGUCACCGAGUUUCGUGAGAUGAUGCACGACCUGACCGAGGCAGGUCUUCGCGUGCAAGUCCGCCACGGCCAUGGAGCGUCGUUAUUGCUGUGUUUACGAGUCCCCCGCGACAAAUUGGGGAGGAUGAUCCACCAGCUCAGAAUCAAGGAUUGGUUAUAUGGUAUCAGUCAUAAUUUGCCAAUCGGCGACGAAAAUACGACUGCCUCGGCGGAAUCACCAGCAGAGGAAUUGCGUACUGUUUACCACGCUGUGACGUGGUGUGACGAGCUUGGGGGCGCGGGCGUUACACCCAAGCAUGGCAAGUGGGAGCGUGUCACAGCUUCUUUUCCUUUACACGAUAAAGAAGCAUGCUCUCAGCUUUUACGGGAAUGGAGUCGGAAAACCAUCUUGACCACGCAGGAUCUAGAUACGAUACGGGCGCUCUUUGGCGAAAAGGUUGCCUACUACUAUGCCUUUAUUCAUUGUUAUUCGCUAUUCCUAACGGUACCGGCGGCGAUGGGGAUUAUAGGAUGGCUAUACCUGGGUCCCUAUUCCAUCAUUUAUGGCGCUGGACUGUGUGUCUGGUGUGUUGUAUUUGUGGAAUACUGGAAGAUCCGAGAGCAGGAUCUCAGUUUAAGAUGGAAUGUGAAAGGGGUAGCCGGACUGAAAGUGAACCGACCUGAGUUCAAGUGGGAGAAGGAGGUUCCAGACCCGAUAUCUGGUCAACCGAUCAAAGCUUUCCCGCAGUGGAAGCAGUUCCUGCGCCAGCUUCUGUUGGUCCCAUUUGCUUCAAUUGCGAGCGUUGCUCUAGGAAGCCUGAUCGUCAUUGCAUUCGCAUCGGAAGUCUUCAUUUCGGAGGUCUACAGUGGGCCCAUGAAAGGCUACCUCGAGUUUGCUCCUACCAUUAUCUUCUCGCUAUCCCUGCCAGCCAUUACUUCGUUCCUCAACAGCAUCGCUACGAGAUUGACCGAAUACGAGAACUACCGAACCCAAGAUCUAUAUGAUCUCGCUCUGACGCAGAAGAACUUCGUGAUGAAUUUCAUCACCUCGUUUCUUCCCACCAUUCUCACUGCAUAUAUAUAUGUCCCCUUCGCCCAAUCAAUUGUGCCGCAUUUGGACAUUCUACGGAGGACAGGGCUAAACGUCAACCUUGGAAACCAGGUGGAUUUCAAAGUGGACACGUCCCGAUUCCAGCAGGAAGUGAUAUACCUCUCGAUGACCGCGCAGGUGCUCGACUUCGGCGAGGAAAUUGUCCUCCCCCUACAGGAAGCGAAUUUCCUGGCCCGAGUACGCAAGGAAGCAGAUGCAGAUGAAUACAAGGUCGAAGAAGAUAUCCUUGAGAUGUGUGUGCAGUUUGGCUACUUGGCUUUGUUCGGAGUGGCCUGGCCAUUAGUUCCACUGGGGUUCCUGCUGAACAGCUGGCUCGAGCUACGAGGCGAUUUCUUCAAGUUGACUCUCGAAUGCCAGCGUCCUCCACCCAUACGAGCAGACUCAAUUGGUCCCUCAGUCCUGGGUCUCGAACUCCUCGCGUGGCUGGGUACACUUUCUACUGCCGCUAUCGUGCAUCUGUAUCGAGGCCCAAUGUCUGAAGUGCGGCUUUCCUACCUUCUCCUCACGGUAUUUCUUGCAGAGCAAGCGUACCUUGCUGUGCGAUUCACUGCGUCGACAGCUCUUCAAAAAAUAUACUCCGAUACCCUCCGCCAGGAAGAAGCCAAGCGCUAUGCUGUGCGUCGGAGUUUCCUAGAGGCCAGCGCAAACGCGGGCCGAGGCGGGUCCCCCGGCUCUGUCGGGUCACGCGUGCGGCACGUACGGUUCCACGAAAAAGUGAAUGUGUAUAACACUUGCGAAAAGGAACCAUCACCUGAUGGCUCUCGGCCAGCAUCAAUCGAGGAAGCCCACGAUGAUGUCCUACGAGGGUCUGACCGGGAAGCGGACUUCUGGAAUGCCAUAACCAGCAAUCCGGCCGACAUAGGAGUCAAAAUGAUCCGGGCGAUCAGCAUAUCGAAAGACGAAAAAUUGACCAAAAAGGCAUAA